UUGGGCAAGUUGGUGUUUUUCCCCCUCUAAGAUGUCAUGGCAUUUAGUCGUUUAGAAGAAAACAAAAAGAAGAAAAAAAGAAGGAAGUGGGUCAUCACUGUGGUUUUAGUUCUCCACUUAGAAUACAGGACAUGUAAUUUCAGUUACAGAUUUGCUUAAAAAAAAAAAAAAACACAUCAAAACCCAGCACUGUCCAAGUCUACUUGCUUCAUGUUCAUGGACGUUUGCAUCCCAAGAGCAAAUACACACACAGAGAAAUCUUACUGUUAACGGACUAAAUAUCUAAACACCAACUUUCUUUUGACUGCACCACGGAAAGGUGACUGAAGAGGAAGAUGAAGACAAAGAGACAUGGCAAACCACAUUCUGCUUUCCCUCUUGGGAUAAUCUUUUCAUUGUGUUUGCAAUUAAGUGCAAACCAUACUGACUAUCCCAUGGUUACCAAUGAAAUCUGGUAUCCAAACUGCCAAAACCUAACUUGCAGUCAGAACACAACAGAAGCCAACACAAAAUCUCCUGCAGGCAUUGAUUUUAACGACAAACCAACACCCACUGCUGAAAUGCUGACAGCCACCCCCCAGUCUUUAUCUUCAACAAUGGGCCCAAACUCCUCAUCUUCCUCUGCCCAAAGUGUUCCUGACACUGGAGGACCUAAGAAUACCAGCACACCCAAGAUCCCCAUGACAAAAGAAACAUGUGAAGACAAUAAGUUUCUUACACUGAUUUGCUUCGUUAUAAUAGCAGCCCUUGUACUCAUCUGCACCUUCCUGUUUCUGUCAACUGUUGUAAUAGCAAAUAAACUGUCCUAUGUCAAAAAAGCUCAACAAGGAAAACGUCGGCCCAGGAGCAAUGGCGAUAUUCUGGCUACCAACAGCUUCUGGCCAACUGCAGCAGGAACGUGGCAGAGGAUACCUAAGGAGACAACUGGAACUGAUGUAGUAAUGCAGGACUUGCUAUCAGAGAGAGAUGCUGCAAUCCAAUUGAGAACGCAAGAUGAAUCCACUGAGAGUCACGUUAAAGACACAGAUAAUAAACAUGAAAACAGAGAAACAAUGUCACACAAAAGCAUUUUUACCAAUUUUGUAGUUGAGAUUUAGUCAACUAAGAACACCUUCAGCUUUUACAUUUUAUACUGGAUUAACAUGAGACAGAAACUUAGCUUUCAAGAAACAACACACACUGUAACAUGGGAAAGCUAAACCUUCAGGUUUCUCAUUUUUAAAGGUAGUGGGUAUGCUGUGAAAACCUGUACAUCAAGAAGGGAGUAGGACUGCAUUAAAGAGAUUUUUAGAAGUAGCACCAGGGCUGUUUUAACUCCUUUAACCAGCAAUCAUGGUUGUACCAUGAACCAAACAGGAUAAAGCAGGACAGAACUUUGCCAUUUUCAAAGAUCACUGGGGGACAAAAAAAGGAAAGGACAGUUAGAAAAUGCUAUAUUUACACAGACUAAAGUGCUACACAGGCACUGGCUAUUUUAAGAAAACCAUAAUUCAGUCACGACUUUGAUGCCAUUACUGAAUCAGGAACUAUUCUGUUAAAAUGCCUUUCACGUUUAUUCUAUCAAAACUUCUUAAAUCAGCUUAAUGUCUUCUGAACCAGACUGAGAGCAAUCAUACUUUUUGCUUUGGCUGUAAAUAUAUGAAGUUUGUACUGUAUGUUAAAAUAUAAGAACUCCUUUUUGUAACCAUCAAUAAACUAGAAACAUCAGUAAAAUGUUAAAUUAAUUUUAAAUAAAGUUUACAUUCUGUUUUUUCUCCAAGUCACGAGGGGUAAAACCACAGUAUCACGGAAAAGCAGGAAAAAAGUAGAGAAUCACGAUCCUAUCAGUGGAAAGAAGGAAAAGAAACAGUAACGAGGGUGGGAUCUGCAGCCAAAAACAGGUGGAAACUGUGAGGAUUGAAGGGAACUUGAAUGAGGUAAGACUCAAGAAAGUGUGUGUCAUAAUAUCAGGAUUUGCAUGUGCAGCAGGAGUUGGCAACAGACUGGAAAAUAGCCAGCACAGCCAGCACAGCCAGCAGAGCACAGCAGCAGGCAUGGGACAUGGAAUAGAUAUAGUGGAAGGCACAAGAAUGCACUUGCAAAAUGCUGUGAGGACAGACAUACACGUUUCUUCAGCAGGCCAAAACACUCAAGGAGACAAAAAAGUAGUUUGGGUUAUGAUACGGAAAAGAGACAGCAGAAAAACAACUGCUUAGAGCACGCAGUCCUCCUUUAAUGGUGGCAAGAGGCACCAACACUGUCCAGACAGAAAAGCAAAGUGGGGAAGGGGAGGCAGAGGAAGGGUGAGAUCUGCAGCUAUCUGCCUGUAACACAGCUACCUGAAGGAAGAUGUGCAAGCCAGCACCUCGUGAUCAGAAGUGCUCUAUGACUCACUGUAGCGAGCCUAUGGUUGCAUUUCCAUUAAUAACAAUGAUAGCUCAUCAAAACCACCACUGAAUUUUUAUUAGUAAAAAUGAAAUCCAAUCCAAACUUACUUCUGUGUCAUUCAAAAAAAUUUGUAAGCACAACUGUUUUCAGCAAGGACUGGAAAACAAGCAUUCACGAAUUCCUACAUAACACAUACCCAACAAAGGCCACCUAAAUAUUUGAGUUUUACAAACAGAAUUGAACUGAAAAGUCUGCUUUUAAAUCAUGCAAACCUUGAGCUAAGCUUCUUAGUAAUCCUCCUACUCUUGACACUUCCUGCAGCAAGUGUUGGUAAACUUCCUCUUUAGCUGCAGAAACUUGCUUCAACGUGAGACAAGCCAUUUCAGAGCUGCUCGACUCCUAGCAUAGCCUGUCCUCUUAAGGCUUCAAACAAAAAAUAAGAGAAUGCUUGCUUGACAGAAGACAAAGGUAAGAAUCAAAUUCAAAAUGUAAAGACUUAAUAUUUGCAUUAUUUAUUUUUAAAUGAACUGCACUUUGUACAGCACUUCCUAAGCUAAUUCAAAGUUCCUGUAGUAUUUGGAAGAUGCAGACAUUCCAUCCAGUUCCUAAGGUGUUGCUACUGUGAACUAUCAUGAACUCUACACAUACGCACCAUUUCAAUAUAUUUUAAAACAGAAUAUAUUUUUGAGCAGAAGAAAAUAAAAUGGGGUCCUUUUUAUCUAUUUUAAAUCUUACGUUUAGAUAGUGAUCUCUAGAAGCAUUAAUCUGCUGCUCAUACAUGUUUGCAUCGUUGCAUCUGAAAUUGACUUUCAUAGUUUCACAUACUGAGGUUCCAGGCGCAGCUUCACAAGAGCAGCAUGAUCACAAAUUA